UUCAACUAUGUGCUUGAAUUCGAAGACGAGGUCGCACUGGAUCUGUACAUUCAAGAGAAGGGCUAUCGACGUGUGAACGAGUAUGAACGUAAUGGAACACUCCGAAUCAAUUACGUUUGCAAGGAAUAUUUUCAAAAGGACAUCAAAUGUAAUCAUAAAAUGAGCGUGAUUAUGAAAGAUGGUGUAUUGACCGCAAAAACUACUGACGGUGGAAAACCACAUGAGCAUUGGCGUGCUCCUAUGUCUGCAUUGAAUACCACCGAAAAGGAUAUCACACGAGCGCUACACAGCGCUGAUGUUACGGGUAUCGGUGAUGGUCCUAGCACAUCGUCAGAGGUGGAUAAAGUCGAGUUGGAACUGCACCAGAUCAUCCGUCACUCGACACAGGACUUGUUAGCGAGACUUAAAGAUGCUUAUGAACGUAAAAAGAAGGAACAAGAGAAGGCAGCACUGAAACUUUUCGCGAAAAUGCCCAGUGAAAAACAGAAGCAUUUGCUCUCCAAAUACGGAUGUCUCGAAGAAUAG